AUGAGGUGUUCCACUAUACUGGUGGGACUUCUGUGCCCAUUUCAUGUUCUCUCAAAGGCUGUGUUUGCACAUUUUCUGGUUGACAAUACUGCACUUUUCGAUUCGUCAGAUUGGGAGAAAGAAAUCUCUUUGGCCCAAGAAGCGUUGAUAGAUGCCUUUGCCCUGAACAUUGCGUACAAUGGAACUGCGAAUGAAAGACAAAUUCCGCUAGCCUUCCAGAUCGCCAACACCGCUGGCUUCAGGCUGUUCUUUUCGUUCGACUACGAUGGCAAUGGGCCUUGGCCAAAGGAAGACGUCCUUGCGCUGAUGAGAGAAUACCAAUCCAAUGGCGCUUACUUUACCGAGAACUCGCAGCCUUUGGUGUCUACCUUCGAGGGCGGUUCCAACGCUACGGAUUGGGUGGACAUCAAAUCAGAAACAAAUUGCUUCCUAAUCCCAGACUGGUCCUCUCUGGGCGCACAAGAUGCCUGGGAUGCCGCCGACAACGUUGCUGAUGGGCUCUUCAGCUGGGAUGCGUGGCCGAAUGGUGUCAGGCUAAUGGAUGGCAGUAUGGACGAGACGUACUUGUCAGUGAUUGACAAAUCAAAAUACAUGAUGGCAGUCUCUCCCUGGUUUUACACCAACCUGCCAGGAUACAGCAAGAAUUGGGUAUGGAACUCAGACAAUCUUUGGGUGGAUCGUUGGGCCCAAGUUAUAAACGUUGGCCCCGCCUAUGUUCAGAUCAUCAGUUGGAAUGACUUUGGCGAGUCCCACUACAUCGGACCUCUGCACAGUUCUCCUGCUAUGACAACGGGGGCCCUCUAUGACUAUGUCUCCACCAUGCCCCACGAGGGUUGGCGCAAUGUCCUCCCUGCGUUCAUCUCGAUGUACAAGAAUGGAACAAGUGAUGUGACACAAGAGAGUCUCACAGCGUACUACACUCCAGAACGAGGCUCGAACUGCAGCGCAGCAAAUACCACCCUGAACACUGUCACUCAUAGUCAAACGGAAUACUCUGUCGACUUGCUAGGGAGUAUCAAAAUCUACUAUGACGCUGUUCUGGCAUCGCCUGCCAAUAUCACCGUCAAGGUUGGCGACAAUCUCGUGCAAGCCACUUGGGAUGCAACUCGGUCGCCCGCUAGCGGUCCUGGGGUCUACCAUGGCUCCUAUACUGUCCCGGUCCUCCCAGACCCGGACGAAUCCUCGGAUGUGGUAGUUUCAUUAUCUCGGGACGAUGGCAUCAUAGCCCAAAUUCAGGGGAUGAGUAUAGGAGGCUGCGGCGAAACAGGGAUGCAAAAUUUCAACGCUUGGGUCGGAACUGAAAACGUCGUGCGGACUGUUGAUAGUUUGGCCUCUUCGACUACUUCAAUAUACAGUCUGGGGGCCACCCUUUCUGUAGUGCUUUUUGUUAUGACCAUACAGAUAGUUUAG